UGAGGGGGAAAUCACGUUAGCUGUAAACGCGCCCGGUGAUUGGUUAGGGGAGGGCGGCAGCGGCGGCGGGGCGUUAUGUUGUCAUUUCCGGCGGCGAAGCCGGUGGUUUGCUCGGGUGGUCGCGCGCGCGGGACGGAAAGAGACGGAUCUGGUUAGGGAUAGCGGCUCCCCGGUCCGGCCAUGGCCUCCCUGCUCAAGGUGGACCCGGAAGUUAAGAUCAAGGUAGACUCUUUCAGGGAGCGGAUUACAGGUGAAGCUGAAGAUCUGGUGGCAAAUUUUUUCCCAAAGAAGCUUUUAGAACUUGAUGCGUUCCUUAAGGAUCCUAUUCUGAACAUUCACGAUCUCACCCAAAUCCACUCAGAUAUGAACCUUCCUGUCCCAGACCCAAUCCUGUUGACAAACAGUCAUGAUGGACUGGAUGGGCCCAAUAUGAAAAAGAGAAAACUGGAAGACUGUGAAGAGACCUUCCAGGGUACCAAAGUCUUUGUCAUGCCCAACGGGAUGUUGAAGAGCAACCAGCAGCUGGUGGACAUCAUUGAGAAGGUGAAACCCGAGAUCCGGCUGCUGAUUGAGAAAUGCAACACGGUCAAAAUGUGGGUGCAGCUGCUGAUUCCCAGAAUAGAGGAUGGCAACAACUUUGGUGUUUCUAUUCAGGAAGAGACUGUGGCUGAGCUCCGAACUGUGGAGAGCGAGGCAGCUUCAUACUUGGACCAGAUCUCUAGAUACUACAUCACACGAGCAAAGCUGGUUUCUAAAAUAGCAAAAUAUCCUCAUGUGGAGGAUUACCGUCGUACAGUGACUGAGAUGGAUGAAAAGGAAUAUAUCAGUCUGCGGCUCAUUAUUUCGGAGCUCAGAAAUCAAUAUGUGACUCUGCACGACAUGAUUCUAAAGAACAUUGAGAAGAUCAAGCGACCCCGGAGCAGCAACGCAGAGACCCUCUACUGAGCUGUCAACGUUCUGAACUUAUGAACUGUUCAGUAGGCUCAAGACAGUCUUUGCCUCCGUUUAUGUGACUAUCAAGAUGGGAAAGCUGGCUGGAAACAGUCCUCGGCACACUUUUAGUUAAAGUCUAAAAAAAACCUCUCUCCUAGCUCUUUCUGGUUGGUUUUUAUUUGGGUCUUGGGAUUUGCCUUCCCCCCUCCCCAUCUAUAACAUCUGGAAGUUAUGGGGCAGAGCUUUUCUUCCUACUUAGGUGGGAACAGGGUAGUGGCAAAUCUGUUCCAGGCAAGAAUCCCAAAGCCAGCAGCCCUGAAUGACCUUGCUGUGUAGCAGCAGCCCAGAAGAACUCGGCCUUCUAGGUAGUUCAUCCCUUGACUAGCCAUCAGCAGCAUCCAAUCCUGCUGUGAGCUGAUUUGGUCAUUAGUUCCACCACUUCAGUCUUCACAUUGGACAUUUAGUUUGGGGAAACGAGUGCCCUUUUCAUCUCACAUGGCUGCCCAUCUCCAUUCCUGUAACCUGUCCAAUCGUGCAGAUUUUAAUGCUGCUGUACGUUUAUCCUCCCUGCCUUUACCUUUUCCAUUGGGUUAAUUCAUGGCUCGUAGCUCUAAGUCCAUGUUGAUCUCUUCCAGUGUUCUACAAGUAGCUCUGCUCUUCUGUCCUCUGUCUAACAAGGAACCCUAGCGCAACUUCUGCGUGCAGUGGGCAUUCUCCGACUCUUGGGUUGGGGCAAGGGACUCCUGCUUAGACCAUUGGCCCAGCUGAUUUGGUUUCUCUAAUAGCAGCUUGACUGAUUGAGUCCUGAAGACCCAAAUUCUCUCUCGUCUCACUUUCUUCUCUCUCCCACCCUAAUUAAGUGAGCCUAGCCGUCGUUUCUGGAGGGGCCCUGUCUGACCUUCAAGAGUUCCCCUUAUGUCUGAAUGAGUUCUGCUAGGCUUCAGUUUUGCUCUUCUCUGGCCUUCAAGGAAGCAGGAAGGGGGUGCCAACUACCUGGGAUGCUGCAGUUUCCCUUGAAAUUUCCUCUUAAUCUUGUGCCGUAGUCUUGUGAGUGGUGUUAGAUUCGUAAAAACCGUGGCAGGGUGAAUGAAAUUUCUUGGCCCUUCUCCCUCUCCUCAGUUGUUUUUAAAAACCCUCUCUGCAGCUCUUAAGGGCACAGGAAGCGCAUCUUCCCUGGGCUCUUUGCAAAUGCCUUUGUGUCAUUGUCAUUUGUAGCUGGGCAAGCCAUAGUCUUUCCCAGAGUAAAGGCUCUCCAACAGCUGUGCUCAUUGUAGCGGCUACCUGAGAGCAGCCCUCCCCUCUUUCUCCUGUGUUUCUUUGUAUCAGCUGCUUUGUUGGAUUGUUCAUAUAUCCUUGCCACGUUGAACGUAUGUACAACUUUUACUAUGUCAACAAAUUAAAAGUAAUAGGUACUUUGAAUUCA